UCAGUCGUGACUUUUCCGGGGGCAUCUUGGCGUCCCCUCUAUUUCCCCUUAAAGUAAAACGUCGCCCGACGCACCCCCGUGCGUUUCGGGGGCGGGGGUGGCCGCCGCGGCGGGGAGGGCAGUGCUGACGCGAACCGCGGAGCGGGGGAGGCCCCCCUCCCCGCCGGCGGUGGUCACGUGGGCGUGUUUGGGGGCGGGGCCGCGCGGCGGUUCCGGGCGGUUGGGCGCGCGAGCGAGGAGCCCAGGCAGCCGCGCCUGCCCGCGCCCGCCCGCCCCGCCCCUGGAUGCCGCUCUGCCCCGGCGCGGCCGCCGCCGAUCGCAGCACAGCAGCCGCCGCCGCCGCCGCGGUUGAUGUGGUUGGCCCGGGGCUGAGGAGGCCGCCAAGAUGCCGCAGUCCAAGUCCCGGAAGAUCGCGAUCCUGGGCUACCGGUCUGUGGGGAAAUCCUCAUUGACGAUUCAGUUUGUUGAAGGCCAAUUUGUUGACUCCUACGACCCAACCAUAGAAAACACUUUCACAAAAUUGAUCACAGUAAAUGGACAAGAAUAUCAUCUUCAGCUUGUUGACACAGCUGGACAAGAUGAAUACUCCAUCUUUCCUCAGACAUACUCCAUAGAUAUUAAUGGUUAUAUUCUUGUGUAUUCUGUUACAUCAAUCAAAAGUUUUGAAGUGAUUAAAGUUAUUCACGGCAAAUUGUUGGAUAUGGUGGGGAAAGUGCAAAUACCUAUUAUGCUGGUCGGGAAUAAGAAAGAUCUACACAUGGAAAGGGUGAUCAGUUAUGAAGAAGGGAAAGCAUUAGCAGAGUCUUGGAACGCAGCUUUUUUGGAAUCUUCUGCUAAAGAAAAUCAGACUGCUGUUGACGUUUUUAGAAGGAUAAUUUUGGAGGCAGAAAAAAUCGAUGGGGCCGCGUCACAAGGAAAGUCUUCCUGCUCGGUGAUGUGAUCCCGCCGCGGAGCCCGAGGACCCCGGGAGCCGAUCCUGCCUGCAGAAGCAGACUGCCCGUUAUCCUUCAAGAGAAACUCCGCUGCUUUUUCCUUCUGUUAACCUGAAAGAUUUCAUUUGGGUCAGAGCUUUUUCUGGCCCCACCCACCCCCCUUUCAGAUUAUGUUAAACUCUGACUCUGUCCAAAUGAGUUCACUUCCAUUUUCAAAUUUUAAGCAAUCAUAUUUUCAAUUUAUAUAUUGUAUUUCUUAAUAAUAUUAUGACCAAGAAUUUUAUCGGCAUUAAUUUUUCAGUGUAGUUUGUUGUUUAAAAUAAUGUAAUCAUCAAAAUGAUACAUAUUGUUACACUACUAUUAACUAGGCUUCAAUAUAUCAGUGUUUAUUUCAUUGUGUUAAAUGUAUACUUGUAAAUAAAAUAGCUGCAAACCUUA